GCCAAACGUCAUUUACGCGCGAAAAAGUUGUCGUGGUUUUAAAUAGUGGAGGUUUUGUGCAGGUUAUAGUUGUGUCAGUUGUGGAUUUGGGUUUUAAAACUUUUAUAUUGAGAUUUAAGUGAGUUCUGUUAUUCAUUUAUGGUCAAUGUGGACGUGAGCACUCGGAUAAACACACAUUAAUCGACUUUAAAGGAGUCUUUAAAGGAAAAUGAGUCACUACUUCACAAGACUGCGUGUGCAAAGAACAUACACAUGGCAUGGAAAUCCGAUCAGUAUAGACCGAAAACUGAAGAGACUCCACCACGAGUCUUUGGUGAUAUCUGUUGAAGGAAGACCAGACCAUGUGGUGUCUGUAGGUCAGUGCAUCCUGAUUGAGGGAGAUGAUGAUGACAGCCCGUAUGUUGCACGGCUACUUGAGCUUUUCAGUGAUGAUGCCAAUCAGGAGAAGCGGGCGACGGUGCAGUGGUUUGUGCGGCUGUGUGAAAUACCUCAGCACAAAAGGAAGCUCCUGGGCCGAGACCCUCAUCCACAAGAGAUCUUUUACUACCAGGAUGACUCCUGUGGUAACGAGGUGGAUGCUACGACCAUCCUCCGAACAGUUCAGAUUAAACACAUCCCUGCUGAGGCGCCGUUCCCAGAUGUUAAGGGCAAAGACAUUCUGUUUGUUAAACUUAUGUGGGACAUGAAGAAAUUUCGGACUCUGGAUCCUGAGUUGCCCCUUCAAAAGCCCAGGUCUCCUUCUCCGGCCCUGCGUGCACUCCGACCCCGUGCUCUCCCCACCCCGGACCCGAGCGUGAUGAAGCGGGCCUUGUCCGGCAUCGUCACCCACGGCAGCAUGAGCGCCGGUAAGCUGGGCUCCACCGAGGCCGAGUCAGCUCACUCCGCCUCCAAACUGUCCGCUGCCAAGCUACUGAACGUGAAGAGGAGAAGCAGAGUUUCGUCCAACCCAAACAUCCGCAAGAAGCUCGUCCUGUGCAGUCCAACGAAGAAACUGACCAGAGACGAUGUUCUUGGGGAGAUACUGGAUGAUGACCAGGAAAAGGAGGAAGUGCUGGCAAGCAAGCUAGGUGCUUCUCCACCUUGUCGCUUCUCCACCCGUCUGACCCCACUCCAAAACGUAGUCUUGAACAAAUCUCCCACUGAGGAGGAGAAUCUGUCCAUCCAGCCUCUCCAAAGCCCCAAUAAACCCAGUCACUCUGCUUGUGAUAACACCUCCACCAGCUCAAGAACUCCAUCCAGGAGGAAAGAGUCAGCUACAGUCCGAGAUCAUGCUCUUACUGUGCUGGCUGAAGAAGACCAUGAAGACUCGCCUUCGCGAACUACGGUCACUCCACGCUUCAAGAGGAAAUCCGCCCAGCUUGUGUCCUCUCGCAUUCGGAAGCAGCUGGGCAUGUUGACGAGCUGUGAUGACCUUCAGUCUGAUGGUGAAGACGCUGAUGACGAUGGCUGCUUCGUGCCCUCUAAGAUUGACCUGGAGAGCAGCAGCGACGAGGAAAACGACAAGGAGACGAAAACGGACAGUGAAGACGAGCUUGUGGUGAAGAGGAGUAGGCGCUCGGCAGGUCUGAGUACGCCGUCGAGUGAAAUGACCCGCGCUUCUGCAAGAACCCCUUGUAAAACUCCAAACAAGAAGUCUGCUUCUUCUACGCCACGACAUGCCACGCCCAGCAUUCCUAGCAGAAGUCUGCCAGCCAGGAGGCCUGGGAAUGUAUUGGAGGAAGCAAGGGCAAGGUUGCAUGUAUCUUCAGUCCCCGAGUCUUUGCCAUGUCGAGAGCAGGAGUUCCAGGAUAUCUACAACUUUGUGGAGAGCAAGAUCAUGGAUGGCACUGGAGGGUGUAUGUAUAUCUCAGGCGUUCCUGGUACAGGAAAGACUGCCACGGUGCACGAGGUGAUGAGGUCUCUGCAGCAGGCGGCAGAACAGGAGGAGAUCCCACCGUUCCACUUCGUAGAGAUCAACGGCAUGAAGAUGACCGACCCACACCAGGCGUAUGUCCAGAUUCUGCAGAAACUGACGGAACAGAAAGCGACGGCGGAUCACGCUGCUGCCCUGCUGGAGAAACGCUUCAGUACACCAGCACCAAACAAAGAGACUACAGUUCUGUUGGUGGACGAGCUGGACCUUUUAUGGACCAGGAAGCAGAACGUCAUGUAUAAUUUAUUUGACUGGCCAACAAGACUGCAUGCACGCCUGGUGGUCCUGACUAUUGCCAACACUAUGGACCUUCCUGAGAGGAUCAUGAUCAACCGUGUGGCCAGUCGCCUGGGACUGACGCGCAUGUCCUUCCAGCCGUACACUUUUAAGCAGCUGCAGCAAAUUAUCACAUCCCGACUGAACAGAGUAAAAGCUUUCGAGGAAGAUGCUCUUCAGCUAGUCUCCAGAAAGGUUGCGGCUCUGUCAGGCGAUGCGCGACGCUGUCUCGAUAUCUGCAGGCGUGCCACUGAGAUCUGCGAGCACUCCGGUCGGAAGGGUGCCAUUGGAUUGGUUGGAAUGAGUCAUGUGAUGGAAGCCUUGGACGAAAUGUUCUCUUCGUCCUACAUCACAGCUAUCAGAUGUGCCUCUCUGAAAGAGCAGCUCUUCUUGAGGGCUGUGAUCGCAGAGUUUCGCAGGCUGGGUCUUGAAGAGGCCACUUUUCAGCAGGUGUUCGUGCAGCACCAGGCCCUGUGUCGGGUCGAAGGGCUGCAGCCGGUGAGCGUGUCCGAAAGCCUGGCUGUGUGUCAGAGGUUAGGAGCUUGUCGCCUACUUCUGCUCGAGCCCAGCCGUCUGGAUCUUCUCCUCCGUGUUCGCCUCAAUCUCAGCCAGGAUGAUGUGCUGUAUGCCCUAAAGGCAGACUGAGUGAUACUCAGUGUGCAUGUGUGAUAUGAACUAACUAACUAACUCCGAGGCUUUACCUUAAAACCUGAGGAAAGCUGAAAUUUAAUAUACCAAGGAGAUAUUUGGUUGGAUAUAAAUCACUGGACCAACUGGUACUGCCUGAAUAGAAGAAUCAGACCGGCUGAUUUAAGUGGCACUUAAUGCUUUGUAUAUAAAAUAACAGUAUUUUUACAUCAACUUGGGCUUCUCAGUUAGGUAGUUUAUUGAUGUUGAGCACAAAAUGGACUGAUUUAGAAGUGAAGAAAUGUUGUUUUUAACACUGGAAAACAAGCCUCCUCCCAUUCUGUGUUCGCUUUAUCAUCCAGUAAGGUGUGUGUGUGUGUGUGUGUGUGUGUGUUUUGAGUUUGUGUAGUGCUUUCAUGUGCCAAAUAAUUUUAUCUUUAUGGAUUUAGUUUUAAUAUUCUUGAACGCCUAAAUAAAGCUAUCGAAAGUCAA